AUGUCUGAAUACAUAGUACAAGACGGUGAUACUUUAUGGAAUAUUGCGAAACAGCAACUUGGGGAUGGAAAUAGAUUUGAGGAGAUUAAACGUGCAAGUGGUUUAAGCAAUUUAUUUAAUAUAAACCUUUGUACAUUUAAGGAAGACAAAUUUGUUAAAGCAGUUACAUCCAAUGGUUAUCGUGAGCCAUCUGGAAAAUAUGAUAAUUUUAUAAAAUCAUGUAAUUUUGCAAAUAUAGCAACAAAAAGCGAAGCAGCUAUGUAUUUAGCCACGCUUUUACACGAAUCUGCCGGUCUAAGCGUAACAGAAGAGAUGUACAAUCCGGUAUCUAUCAAUGAAUAUGGUAGAUACAUUGGUCGUGGUUAUAUUCAGCUUAGCUCAGAAGCCAACUAUAAAGCUGCAUGGAAUGAAUUACGUGAAUAUUAUAUACAGCAUCCAGAAGAAGUUAAUCAUAUAAAGAAUCUAGAAGAAGUUAAUUUUGUAAAGCAUCCAGAAAACGUUAGUCGUGAUCCUCAUGCGUGGAAUGUUUCAGCAUGGUAUUGGAAAAAUCAAGUACAACAACAUGUAAAUGCUGGAUUUAGAGCAACAGUAACAAAGGGAGUUAGACCGUUAGAACCACAUAUGGAUAGCAGAGUAACGAUUUAUGAAAAGGUUUGUCUAGCAUUUGACGUUUCUCAACACCUAUAA